AUGGAUAUUAUCACUCGCCGCUUCCUUCCGAUCAUUUCAACUUUGCUUCUCAUUCUAGUUUCUCUUUCUUCAUUGGCCUCAGCGUCUCUCAAAGUGGCGUUCUACGCCUCCACGUGUCCAUCUGCGGAGGAAAUAGUGAGAAGUACUGUAAACAAAGCCAUUUCAGAAAACUCAGGCAUAGCAGCUGGUCUCAUAAGGAUGCAUUUCCACGACUGCUUUGUCAGGGGCUGCGAUGCUUCCGUGUUGCUAGCAUCUACCCAGGGUAACCCAGCAGAAAGAGACCAUUUUGCCAACAACCCAAGCUUGCGUGGGUUCGAGGUCAUUGAGGACGCCAAGGCCCAGUUGGAGGCUGCAUGUCCUCAGACGGUGUCGUGCGCAGACAUAUUGGCCUUGGCAGCAAGAGACAGUGUUCUUAAAGUGGGUGGCAUAAACUACGACGUUCCAACAGGACGCAGAGACGGUCUUGUCUCCGUGGCCGAUGAAGCGGCGGAGAAUCUGCCUGCACCAACCCUGAGCGCCGAUGAGCUUGUGAGUAGGUUUUCACGAAAGGGUUUGUCUGCAGACGAAAUGGUGACACUUUCGGGAGCCCAUUCCAUUGGUGUGUCGCAUUGUUCUUCCUUCUCUAAGCGGUUGUACUCUUUCAAUCAGACCUUGCCGCAAGACCCAUCGAUGGAGUCUUCCUACGCUGAAACCUUGAAAACAAAGUGUCCUGCGCCACCUUCCAUCUCAGACCCAACCGUGUCUUUUGAUCCUUCCACUCCCAUUCGUUUGGACACCAAAUACUACGAUGGAUUGAUCAACCACCGAGGCUUGCUCACAUCGGAUCAGACGCUGUUCACCUCUCAAUCCACCCGGGAAAUGGUUCUCGGCAAUGCCAACGAUCCUGCGAAUUGGUCUCAGAAGUUUGCCAAGGCAAUGGUUCAAAUGGGUUCCAUAGACGUCCUCACUGGCUCCAACGGCGAGAUCAGGAAACAUUGCACCUUUGUUAAUUAA